UUCCUUGAGCCUCAGAGAAGGUGGAAGUAAAUGUUUGGGGAACAUUUAGUAGUGAAAUAGCUAGGACUGGGAAUGGGAGACUCAUGGGAUCAUCGAUUUAGAGCUAGGAGGGGUCUCUGAGAGAAACAAGUCUAACCCCAUCAUUUUACAGAUGGGGAAGUAGAGCAUGUAAGUGACUUCCACAAGGACAUACAGCUAAUAAGAGACAAUCCAGGUCUGGGGCAAUGGAAUGUUAGAAAUAAAAGAACUCUUAGAGAUUCUUUGCUCCAGUUUAUCCCCAAUUUACAGAUGAAGAAACCCAGAAGUGAGGUGACAUACUUAUGUUUCUUCCAUAGCCGAUUCAUGCCAAGUCCCAGGCAGAGUACCUACUAGAUUGUUUCCCCUAAUUGGAAUCAAGAGUUGAAGUCACGGUAGAGAAUAAGGGUCAUAGUUUCAAGACUCCCAGCCCGACUCCCUAACAACAUACCUGCUAUUUAUGUAUGAACGAGCUAACAUCCCCGACAUAGAAUCUAAGCUCCUUGAGGUCAAGGCCUGCUUCAUUUUUGUCUUUGCAUCCCCAGUUCCUGGCAUAAUCCUGGGGAGCUUAAUGAGUGUUUUUUGAUUGGUUGAUCCUCAGGUGCCCCCGUAUUUGUAGUGGAGCCCCAGGAUGUGGUAGUGAGAGCUGGUGGGACUGUGGUUCUGCUGUGCCAGGCAGCAGGAGAGCCAAUACCCACGGUGGAGUGGACCCACGCCGGACAUCCCAUCCCGGUCAGCCAGCGGCUCCAGACCCUCCCCAAUGGCAGCCUGCAAUUCAAGGGUGUGGAGAUGGACGACACGGGGGAAUAUGAAUGCGUUGCUCAUAAUCUCCUAGGCGCUGCCACUGCCCAUGCAUUCGUGGCUGUGAAAGGAGACCCUAGAGGGAGCCGAGGCAGCAUGGUUGGUGAAAUCAAUGGCCAGGAAUUUGGUGUGGCCUAUCUCAACACCAGUGUGCUACAGGAAGAUGAUAACGGGGCCACCACAAUCCAGAGCAGCAUCAACAACAUCCCCCCAGAAGUGGGACCACUGAUGAGAAUUCUUGUGGUUGCCAUUGCACCCAUUUAUUGGGUCUUGGCAGGACAGAGUGGGGAGGUCCUAAAUGGCUAUUCUCUGACCAGGGGCAAUUUCAGGCAGGAGUCCCAGGUGGAGUUUGCUACAGGGGAACUGCUCCACCUGACGCAGGUGGCCCGGGGUUUGGACAGAGAUGGCCUGCUCCUCCUUGAUGUGGUUGUCAAUGGUUUUAUCCCUGAGGUGUUGGCUGUAGCCCAACUGCAAGUGCAGAAAUACUUAUAA